CGAAAAUGUCAAUAUUCAAAAAACGCUUAUAAUAUGCUCAAAAAUACGAUUUUGUACGUUCUUUUAAUAACACUUAGCUUUAAUUAUGUUUAUACAACGUUGUCGAAGAAAUCUCCGAAGGGGCAGCCGAAAGAAGUGAAGUUAAAGCAGGAAAAACCGCAUAAAGGGCCCCAAAACUACACAGUUUUUGCUAAGAAUUUAAUAACACAAAACCCAGAUAUUUCCGAUAUUAUUAUCAACCACGCAGGUUUUUUUAGGGAGGUUGACGAAUAUAAUUUCGACGGUAUUGUGUUAGGUUAUGUUACACCUUGGAACAAUCAUGGGUAUGAUGUGGCGAAAAUUUUCGGUAAUAAAUUCACUCACAUAAGCCCUGUAUGGCUGCAAAGCUUUAAAGAUGGUGAUUAUAACUAUAAAUUAGCUGGAACACACGAUAUUGACAUUCAGUGGAUCUCCAAUGUUAAAAAUGCUGGUCGAGAAAGAAACCUGAAAAUUGUUCCUAGAGUUGUUUUUGAAGAGUGGACGGGCUUAGAUUUCACAAAAGUAAUAACAGAACGUGAUGAACUUCAAGCCCUGACAAAAAGUUUGGUUAAAAACGCAAAAUACUACAAAUUUGAUGGUUAUGUGAUUGAAGUUUUCCCUCAGUUAGCCACAAGGAUCACUUUUGAGGCUCUAGUCGAAUUCUUACGCAAUUUUGCGGAUGAAUUAGCUUUGGAGAAGCUUGAAACUAUUCUAGUCAUACCGCCAAAGCGGGCAAAUCAAGAGUUGUUUAAUAAAAAACAUUUUGAUGCUCUUUAUGAUCAUUUUACAGCAUUUUCUUUGAUGACCUACGAUUAUUCCACUCCACUGAAACCAGGUCCAAACUCGCCAAUCAGCUGGGUGGAAAAAUGCGUAUCCGCCCUUACCACCGACACAAAAAAAACGUAAAAAAAUUCUUACAGGGAUGAAUUUUUACGGCAACCAUUACUCUAUGCAGGGGGGAGUUCCUAUUUUAGGGCGGGACUACGUAAAACUGCUUAAGACCAAAAAGGGGACCAUAGAGUUUGAGCCUGAGUUUGAUGAACAUUUUUUUGAAUAUAGGGAUGAAAAUAGCCAACAUAUUGUUUUUUAUCCAACCCUGUAUUCUGUUAACUCUAGGAUAGAUAUGGCGAAAAAAUUGGGGACAGGGAUUUCAAUAUGGGAGCUUGGUCAAGGUUUGGAUUAUUUCUAUGAUUUAAUUUAAAUUUUACACAAAAAAAUAAACAAUUAAAUCUAAAAA